UGACACCACUUACGACAUCCAAACCUUUAAUAUUGAGUGCUGUAAAUUGGUCUGGGUGACCUUUUUAAGGCAAAUAUACAAAUUUAAAGACCGUAGAAUUGUAAAAUGAAUAGACCUGCACAACUUCUAAAAAUAAAUAAACAAAAUACCAAUACUUCUUUCUUUGAACUAAUUUGGGAUGAUAGGGUCUAAAAAGGCACACAAAAAUAAAUUACUCUGUGGCGGACAUGGUUUGCGUCGCCCUUUGCCAUGGCUUUGCAGUUUGCCGUGUGGUAAAUUUCGAGCGCUGAGUUUCAGUUUGUGUACAAAGAAGGACGAAAGGGUUUAAAUACGACUGGGCGGCUUUCUUCGAUUUUUUCUUUGUGCUGGGCGGCAAAAAAUAAUGCCCGGCGUGGCUACAUCCCUUCACUUUCAAUAGUUGUUUUGAAAUUCUGGUAAUAAAUGUUAUUAAACAGAUUAUAUUGGCAUAAAUCAGUAUCUUGACCCUGUGUAAAUCAUGCUCCGCCGCCGUGCUCCACCCCCACAUAGUGUGGUAUCAAAUUAACCAGCAUGACUCGAUGAAUGUUUUAAGCCAUCAAAUUUGGUCCCUGGGCAUACUUGGCCUCGAGCGAAUUUGGGGCUCGAGAAAAGUUGGGUAUCCUGCUAUUUAUUAAUAAAAUAAAACAUUCUUUUGUUUGUUUUUUUCAGCAAUCCAUUUAUGCAGAUUAUGUUUUGUUUAAUGGUAUUGUUGGGACACAGUAUUUUAGUUAUAGAUGUACUACCAUACCUCUUUGUUUAUGAUCCUGAUGGUGACCAUAUUACGCUGCCAAUUAUUUUCUGUUUUGCCAACUUCUUUUUCAUGCAUCUUAGUUGUUAUCCUGAUCCAGGGGAGAUUACUUCUAAAAACCAGAAGUAUUUUAUGUCUCUCUAUAAAUCAGAUGGAGUGUUGUAUCAUCCGGAUGCUUUUUGCAAAACCUGUAAAAUUGUUCGUCCUCCAAGAUCUAAGCACUGCAGUACGUGUAAGAAAUGUGUACAUCGAUUUGAUCACCAUUGUGUUUGGACCAAUAAUUGUGUAGCCGGGUUUAAUCAAAGAUGGUUUAUACUCUAUCUACUGUCAGUAUGUAUAAUGUGUGGUAAUGGUACAUAUAUGACCUAUAAAUGUCUACGUCUAAUAGUCCGCAGUAAAAAAUUGAUGGACACUCAGUAUAUUGAUCCUAACACAAGAGAGGUCCACCCGAUAACACUAUACAUUCUGAUACAGCAUUUGUUUAUGGAAUAUCCUCACACAAUGUUCUUACUGUUUGCUCUCCCAUCAGUCAUAAUAUUACUGGGUUCGCUAGCUGCCUAUCAUAUCUACCUAGUCACAACCAACCAGACCACUAACGAGCGCUACAAACUCUAUGACAUCGUGCAGAAAAACAAACUGGACAACAAAGAUCCGCACAUCGUUAACGAUAUUCAGUCAAUGAGACCAUUUAACAAAGGCUUAUGGAAAAAUAUCCAAGAGGUCAUUUUUCCUCGAAGGCAGUUAAAUAAAUUAUUCCACAAGAGACAGAGAUAGGUAAUAAUAUACAAUAGAACUGGGCGAUAUCCCUCGAAACAUAAAAUAUCGUGAUAAAAUCAAUAUAUCGUGAUGUUUUAUAAAAUGUCAAUAAUUUCAGUUUAUCACCUUUUAAAUGUAUAUAAACAUGCUUAAAAAGUUGGAAAUACCCCCAAAAUAAUCACUUCGACACUUUCUAGUCAAUAUUAUUAAAAGAUUUUAGCAUAAAUACAGUACCGAAUUUACAAACAAAAUUUAAUAGUUGGUUUAAUCAAAGAUCUAUAGUCAUGAAGACUUGCUAAAAAUGUUGGUCUAUGUUGUUGUUGUUUACAGUUUUAAUUUCGAAUAUAUUAAUUAUGAUAUUUUUUUUAAAUUAAGAUUAUUUACAUAUGAAGAAGGCACCAAAAAGUAAAAAAAUCAUAAAAAAAAGUUAGUGUUCUUUCGGCGGUGCAUGUUUUUAUAGCUACAGAUAAGAUUGGAUGCUAUUCAUUUCCCCAUGCAAACUCGUGUUUUCUCAUGCAAGGGUAUGCCUUCUUGAAAAUGCAUUUUACAGUACAAGAAUUCUAAAUUAAACUCUAAAACUUUAAUACUAUCUUAAUGCGAUUUUUUUUGAUCACGGACCACCAUGGCACUUCCGAUAAUCAGUCUAUCGGUACUCUCUAUAUAGUUGGUGUUAUUUAUAUUUCUGCUUUAUUCAAAUUUAUUUCAAUCAGAAAAUCAAUGAAUCCUUUGAAAAAUCAAAGUAUUGAUAGAAACAAUUGGUCAUGAUGCAUAGAAACUGAAGCGAAGCAGGGAUAAUUCUGACAGUAUUGAUCAGCAAGAAGUCAUAUGAGAAAAACAAAGCUCUUUAACAGGGUUUGUAAACUUAGUGGAAUGAACACUCAGGAGUUUAUAACAGUAUUUAUUCAUUAUUAGGCAAUAAAAUAUCGUAAAUAACAUAAAAAGGAAGACACUUUUUCAAUAUUUUUGUUAAAUAUCAUCCAGAAAAAUCAAAAUCGCAGUAUGUUCAGUUUUUCAAUACUUUUCUGAAGAUGGUAUUUUCGAUGGUUUUUAGUUCUGUGUCAAGUUUUAUAUUGAAAAACCGAAAUAUCGCCCAGCUCUAAUAUACACUAGUGGUAGCAUUGUCAGAUAUAAAUAGGUGAUAACUAUGUAAUUGUUGUGAUAAUAAUAAUAUUAAUAAUAGUAUGUAUGUUUUAGUAGUAUGAAUGAUAAUACAUGUAUGUAAGAGGUAUAUACUGGUAUAUAUAUAUAUUUUUAUUCCAUAAUUUUUAGAUGCAAAGUCGCCUAUAUUUAUUAUAGUACAUUCCAUAUAGAGGAACAAUAUGUAAUUAGACAAUGUGAAAUAUAUAUUGGUAUUAUGAUGUAUUUUGUAAUAAUCUUUUGUAGUUAUUUGUUGAUAUCAAAACUCUAGGCUUGGAUUUUUGUAAGCUUUGUGUAUUCAGCUCAAUUCACCAUAUAUGAAAGAAAAUUUUGGAAAUGUGGUCAACAUUAUUGCAGGAAUUAGUUAUAAGUGUGGAUAUUAGUAGUGCCUAAUAAUAAGACCCACACUAUCAGAAAGAUUGGAAUGAAAUUAGCAUUAGAUAGUCAUCCUGCAAAUGCAAGCUAGAUAAUUAUUUAGGGAAGCUGUCUUCCAUCAAUAUAUAACUGAUAUGUAAAUUGAAAUAUGUGUAUCAUUUUUGUAUGCUUUUAAAAGUAGAACAUGUUUCUAAUAAUACUAUGCAAUCUAUAUUAUUAGCCUUGUUGUACCCUUGUAUUAUUAGAUGUAUCUACAGUCUAUGUAGAUUUAAGAUCAAAUUUCUGAUUUAAAAAUAAACAAAAUGGGUCCAAAGUGUUAUUGUAAAUAGGAUAUAUCUGUCUCCAGUGGCAAAAUUUGUUUCAUUUAGAGUCUUAAAAUCUAUAUUUCUAUCUGCAGUCUUUAAUAUAUGUCUAUAUAGUGAGAAUACAAUGUACCUUACCCAUCCUGUUAGUAGUGGUGUGUACCAAGUGUAUAUAAUCAACUAAAUACUGUAAUCUAAACAAAUAAUAAAAAACUAACUGAAUCAAAAUUCUAUUUCUUAAUACGCCUUACAAAAUCAUUUAGCAAGAUUAUUUUUUAUGCAUGAAAGCCUUUGGGGUAGGGGAAUUUAAGUGAAGUGUUUAGUUGGUGCAGCCCGAGUACACAUAUACCUCAAAUCAUUUAUGUUAAGAAAUCUCCUUUAUCACUGACAAGAUUGGUCUGUGUAGAGAUUGAAAAGGCCUAUGGCCAUUUUUUACUCCCAAGAUUCCAUAAUAGUGACUAUUUGAAGAUUGUUGUAUUUUUGUUGAUAUCCCAAUUAUCUGAAAUACUAUGUAAAAUAUUUGAUACAAGAUUUGACAAUAAAAAUGAAUUUAGUGAAUAUAAUUUUAUUAAAGUAUAAAAUUAUUUUAUUUGUUGAAUGUUAUAUAUUAUUUAUUUAUAUUUAUUUAUUUUAUUUUAUAAAGAAAGUGUGUGACAUCAAGAGUGACUGAAAUAGAUUGAAUUGUGACAUAUAAAAUUGGAAUGUAAUCAUGUAUUUGUUUUAUAAUAAUGUGAUGAAUCCAUUCCAACUAGUGUAUGUCUAGAUAUAAAAGUAUUAUAGAUAUAUUUGUUUGUUGAAUGUAAUUGUUAUAAUAUGAACCAGAUCAGUAAAAGUGUAUAAAAUCUAGAGAUAUGUAGUAUAAAAGAAAUAAAGAUCUGAAUAAGCUUAGC